CACAUGUUCGACCCGUCAAAAUGGUUCGGGCGAGCUCCCUAUCAACAAGUCGGCGACACGGAUGAUCCAAUAAUAGAAGUCGACCAGAUCUCAUUCACCAGUUCAUGCUCUUCGGGUGAGCACGAAGGAUAUGUUACGGCGAGGGAUACUACAAAAAAUAGAGUAAAUGGAGACUCCGUGAACGAUCUGAUCUCGUUUGAGGAGGAUUUAAAUCUUCCUGGAACUUCCGAAGAAAAUUCACUGCUCUCCCCCGACAGCCCAUCAUCGUCGACACCGAACUUCCCACCACAAUACGAAUCCCAAAAUCUCAAAGAAAGCGUGAUCGUUCGAAAUUCAAUAUUCUGGUUUACGGAGUCAGAAGUGGACGCGGCGAAGUUAGUACUGCCGAUUUCGAAUAAAGGAAGAGUAUGCCGAUUCGAUAAUGAUGUAGAUGAUAAUCUACUGGAGACGACGUGCCGGACACUUCAAAUAUCCAUGGGAUUAUGUGAAAGAUCCCGAUGGCUUAAUCAUCUCGCCAGGGAUCCUGUGAUGUCGAGGCUGGUCAGAGAGCUUGAUGAGGAUUUUGCGUCGACGUCGGAUGAGCCGGAAGAUCAGGGAGCUGAAAAUGGGGAAGAAGUCUCCAGACCCCCAGCUUCAUCAUUUUCCUCAUCAUCAGGAUCUUAUCACACGAUUGUUGGGAUUCUCGACGAGACGGUGCAGCUGAACCCAUUAAAUCCAGGAAUGACCCGAGUCAUAGUCCCAGCUAGACGAGGGAUCCAGUCAGUGGACAUACGUCGGAGGAUCAAUGAGACACCAUCCGCAGUCUGUUCGGCGAUUAUUCGACAAGCAGUACAGAAGGAUCCACCGAUAGAUCAGCGGAUGAUGGAAUGGAUGAGAGGAUUCGCAGAAGUUGGAACAUGGAUCCAGGAAGUUGCUCCAGCAUCCAGGAAACAUGAUAAAUACUCCUACGAAGUUCCUCCACUGUCAGAAGAUUGGAUCCUCACGAUCCACAAGCAGCCACCAAUCCGACAAGGACUUGAAUCUCAGCAAUGGAAGUGUGCAGCGUGUCGACAAUCCCUUCAUACCCAUAACAUUAACGAUCGGGAACAGUGUCCUCGCUUCUGUGACUACUACGGUCUAUUCUUCUGCUCGCUAUGUCAUGGUGGAGAGAAAUCAAUUCUACCCGCCCGAGUGCUCAAUCAAUGGAGCUUCACUGAACUUCCAGUGUCGGAUAGAGCUCAGCGAUUCUUGAGAGCUGUUCGAGAAUCGCCAGUGUUCAGAAUACGCGAUUUGCCGGGAGAUUUGGUGAAGAAGAACAAGGCACUGAGGGCAGUGGUCGAGUUGCGACAGAAAUUGAAGCAUAUGGAAGGAUUUAUUAAGAUUUGCAUUGACGCUUCCAAUCAAGUCUUCGAAUUCGGGAAUUUGAGCACAAUGUUCGCAAGUAUCGAUCGAUAUCUUCUUGAACAUGAUGAUCUAUUCUCGUUGAAUGAUUUGCAGCGAAUUUAUAAUAAAUUUCAGGAUCUACUCUCCCUGCUCGAACCACUUGCAAAAAGAGCACGCGAGCACAUUAUCCACUGUAAAAAGUGUCGACUACAAGCUCCAGUGUGUGUUCGCUGCAAUGAUAUGACUGAUCGGCUAUUCGCAUUCGAAGAACGAGCAGUUUCACGAUGUGAAGGAUGUGGUCAUCUAUCUCAUUCUCCAAAAUGUCCGAGAAGAGACGUUCCACGUGAUACUCACUGUCCGAAAUGUGCUAGGCUGAAGACUAGAGCAAAUGGUGGUGGUGGAAGAUCUUCGAGAAUCAUUGGAGAUGUUGUAUAAAUUAUUCCAGUUGCUGUGCAAUUUUUCUGAUGGACUUUGAUUUAACUUGCCCUAAAAGCUCGAGGCUCUUGUACUGGAUACUGGACACUUUCAGAAAUUUUUGGAUUAAAAAAAUUAUCACAAUUUUGUUUUUUGGAAAUUUUAAAAACUUGGAAUUUGAUUAUUUUCGCAGUUAAAAUUGUUGGAAUUUGUUGGUUUUUUUUUUGUUGGAAAUUGUGGAAAUUUCACAAUUUUUGAAAAAUAUUUUCGGAAUUUUAAGAAAAUUUUAGGAAAUUGAGAAAUUUAAAAAAAUUCGUUUUAUUUUUCCAAAAAUUUUCUGAAACUUGGAAACUUGUGCAAUUUUUUUUAAAUCAAAAUUAUAAAAUUUUUUCGAUUUGAAAAAAUUUCCAAACUUUUUUUUUCCGAAAUUUUAGAAAUUGGAAAAGAUCGAGUAAAAAUCCAAUAAAUUUUAAUUAUUGGAUUUUUUGGAAAAUUUUUUGUUAAUUUUUUUAACUUUGAAAUUUUCGCAAAUGUUCCAUAUUUUUCAAAAUUUUAGAAUUUCUUGAUUCGGAAAUUUCUGGAAAUCUAAAACGUGCUGAUGUUCUCGGAAUUUUUGGAAAUUUAAAAAAAGCUGGAACGUUUUUUUUGGAAUAAAAUUUUUUUUUCUAAGAUAAGUGUCCAGUGCUCUAUUGGUCGAGCCUUUCGGAUAAGUUCAAUUGAAGUCUGUAAAUUGUUUAUAUUUCUAAGGAAUCCAUCAUCUUUCUCCUCACAAAAUCUUUGCUUUCUUUUUCCUCUCGCUUCUUGUAACAUUCUUUUUUCCCGCCUCACAUUCACUUUUUACUCAUUUCAAUAAUGUGCCUUGUUGCCCCAAACAAUUAGCUUGUAUUAUAUUUAUCCGUCAAGUUGCUCCACCCGAUGGCCCCCGUGAUUUCUUGAUUCAUAGGGUUGUUUUUUAGCUUAAUUUGAAUUCUGCCUCAUCGAUAAAUUAUAUUU